AAUCUUAGACUCUGGAAUAGUGAAAUUUGCCUUGAUCGAAAGAAGAUCACCUUUGAGAAUUUCAUCCUGAACUCUGAAACUUUGUUCUUUCAGAGCAUUUCGAGCAAAGAAAACAAAGCUUCCUUCUUGUGCGUCUUUCAUUUCUAGGAAAGUGCUCAACGGACCAGGCAAAGAGGAGAAGUUCCUUUCAGCCAUUGAAGGGCAAAUAUUUAAGCGAAAGCAUCCUGAACCGCCGGGCUAUGGAGCAAACCUAUGGAGAGGUGAACCAGCUGGGAGGUGUGUUUGUCAAUGGAAGACCUUUGCCUAAUGCCAUAAGGCUGCGGAUAGUAGAGCUGGCCCAACUCGGAAUUAGACCUUGUGACAUUAGCAGGCAGCUGAGGGUGUCUCAUGGAUGUGUGAGCAAAAUAUUAGCAAGAUACAACGAAACCGGAUCGAUUUUACCAGGUGCUAUUGGAGGAAGUAAACCGAGGGUUACUACACCGAAUGUGGUAAAACACAUCAGAGACUACAAGCAGGGAGACCCCGGAAUUUUCGCAUGGGAGAUCCGGGACAGACUUUUGGCAGAUGGAGUUUGUGACAAGUAUAACGUGCCCUCUGUGAGCUCCAUCAGCAGGAUUUUAAGGAAUAAGAUAGGAAACCUUUCUCAGCCGAAUCAAUAUGAAAACACAAAACAACCACCUCCGCAACCUACUUUAUCUUACAAUCACAUUUACCAGUACCCAUACUCAAAUGCAAUGUCGCCCACCGGCGCAAAAAUGGUCAACUCCCCAACAGUCGCAUCACACGUGGGCAUCCCGAGGGCUUGGCCGUCAGCGCAUUCAGUGAGCAACAUUCUGGGGAUCAGAGCAUUCAUGGAUCCCGGUAGUAUUGCCGGUACAGAAGCACCAUCUUACCAACCGAAAAUCGAGGACUGGAGUAGUGUUAACAGGGCAACAUUUUCCACUGCUCACGGUGUAAACGGCAUCGACAAGCCAUCUAUUGAUCCCGAUAUUAAAUAUCCACAGCCUGCCUCAUCUUUAUCGGCUGUGAGUAGUUUUGUUCCAGCUUGCGCGUAUUCGCCUUCCAACCAGUAUGGAGUUUACAAUGGACCAGCAGGUAGCUAUAUGACCCCUGGGCAUCACUGGCAGUCUCAAGGUGUCAGCUUAUCCCACCCUGGAAGUGGCAUGACAAUGCAUGGGGGAGAAAUUCAUUCAUCCAUGGCCUUUAAACACCCAGAGAGAGAAGGAGACCGAAAACCUCCAAGCCCUUUAAGCAAACAUCAGCAUGGAGCUUUAAGUAAUGUACAUGGACUCACGAUUCCUGCCUCUUCAUCAUAAUGAUUUUUUUAUUAUUAAAUGAACUUUUAUCAGGAAAACAUUUUUGACGGAGCAGAACAGGAAAUUAAUUACAAUAAAAAAUACAUUAGAUUAAUGUUUAUUUGUUGCAGUUUCUUUGCAAACAGAGGCCUACAUCAGAUUGGCCCGAACAUAAUAUUUAUCGAUGAUACUGAAGUGUUAAAUACGAGCUCAUCGCAUUUCUUUUAACAGUGUUUUUUGUGUACAAUAAUUAAUGGAACAGUCUAUGGCUCUUUAAUUUUAUUUUAUAAAUUCUAAUGGAAAUGAAAACGAUCAGAAAUUUUAACAGUGUUUGAUGCCUAGGAAUUUAUUUUUUAUUUUAUAUUUUUUGUACUGAAUAAGGAAGAUUCUAAAUGUGGCGUGUCUUUAUUGAGUCUACAUUUUCAAGUAAAGUAAUAUCCAAAAAAGUCAGCCUUAAGUCGAUGAUAACCAUAUAAUUGUUUGUUUUUUUUCUAAAAGGCCAUGAAACUUUUUUUUGAGUUUUAUACGUGAUUGUGUUUGUGCAUUUGUAUUUGUUCUUCCUUGCCAUGAAAAUGCAUCAAUAAAACAUCCAUACAAGCCUUGGACUUCUACAUAUGUGAACAAAUAUACAAUUUGUACUCCCUCCAGUUUGUGCAUGUAUGUAUGUAUAUUUGCAUAGAAAGAUAGUUAGAUAUUUAAAAGUAAAUUAAAUAAUGGUAAAGGAUGAAUAAAAACUGUGAUAUUUAACUUAACAA